GAGAGCGCUACGCGGUGCACCUCGCUCUUCCGCUGCCGUCAUGUUACCUCCGGCUCUGCGUGCACUUGUGCGGAGCACACCCACGACUGCCCGUGUACCGAACAGGGCCGUGCUCUCUGUCACGGGCUCCCAAGCGGCAGAAUUCUUAAACGGCAUCGUCGCGUCGACUGUCCCACAGCCUGACGCUCACUUCUUCACGGCGUUCUUGCAAGCUCAGGCAUGUGCCUAUCCGCGCUCAGGCAGAGUCCUUCAUGAUGCCUUCGUGCACGCUCAUGUCACCCCUGAAGGCAAAAAGGGAUACUUCGUCGAAUAUGAUUCUCGGUCAUCUGAGGCUCCGCCCCUGCUCACCAUGCUGAAGCGAUACGUGCUACGCUCCAAGGUAAAGCUACGGGAUGUUUCGGAGGAGUAUGAUGUUUGGGCUGCCUGGGGCUCCGAGAAGGAAAGGGCAUGGGAGAGUUCGAGGCAAUGGGAUUACUCUCGGAGCGGGGCAGUCGAACCUGUGUGGAAUGAGCAAAACCCCUGGGGUACAGUCUCAGUGCCACUGCAGGACAGAAGAGCAGUCGGAAUGGGAAGUCGUAUUCUCAUCAGGAAAGGAGAUCGACCCCAGGGUCUCUCCGACUACGAUGUAGCGACGUCGGAUGAUUACACACGGCAUCGAAUACUUCACGGCACUCCAGAAGGCAAUAUUGAUAUUCCUCCAGACCAAGCCUUCCCCAUGGACUCCAACCUCGAUUUCAUGGGAGCACUCGACUUCCGCAAGGGUUGCUACGUUGGUCAGGAGCUAACCGUUCGUGUAUACCACACCGGCCUCGUUCGCAAGCGGAUAUUCCCAGUCAUGCUUAAUGCAGAAGGCAGCUCCACACCUUCGCUACCCUCCGGAACCGACAUCCGAGUCCGCUCCAUCACUGCCAACCCUGACGGUACGCGCAAGCCAAAACCGCGAGGCACGGGAAAAUUACUUACAUCAGUUGACGGCGUUGGGUUGGCACUCCUCCGUCUCGAGCACGUUACUGCCGCGGAGAAAGGCGAGUCUGAAUUCUACAUUAAUCGGCCUAAUUCCGAUGGUUCCAUGGCUGAGACUGUCUCCGUCCAACCUUGGCGUCCGGAGUGGUGGCCAAUGUUCCGUUUGGAAUCGGAGCAAUGAUUGCUUCAGUGUCGUUCGUGAAAUUCAAUGUCAUAGGUCAUUAAUCUGUUGAUCACCGCUCAUCUUAUAUGGGUCGUGCUCUUUGGGCGGCGAGUUUAUCUGUCCAAGGAAUAGCAAGAUGCUGUCCCGGUCUCAACCGUCAAUGUCCGUGCUGUCGUACCAUACGAAAGAUCCAUCUGGAAAAUAUGCAUAGCGUACGUUGAACAUUCUACAUAUCCGAAUGCUCGCCUAUAAUAGGGCACACGUAAACGCG